GCACAAUUAUGGGAGUUCUCUCCCUGAGGAUGAAACAUAGCUGCUGUAGUAACAGCCAAAUCCCAUCUAUCUUCCAACCUCAGAGCUACGAAAAAAAGCAAUAAACUCGAUGACCAAGGCACAGAACUGUUGAAGGUAUCUCUGUGGCUAAUAAAUAAGAAGGCAGAGGGUGGUGGAUUAAGAGUAGGUGUGGAGACGCAAGAAGGACAUGGCUUUUGAGGCAUUGAUUUGGUUUUGCAGGCCGGUGGCUAAUGGGGUGUGGACUAGAGCAGUGGCUAAUGCUUUUGGUGCAUACACACCCUGUGCAACUGAUUCUCUGGUCAUCAGUGUAUCUCACUUGGUGCUAUUGGCUCUGUGCAUCUAUCGAAUAUGGCUGAUCAAGAAGGAUUUCAAAGUCCAACGGUUCUGUCUGAGGUCAAAGUACUAUAAUUAUUUGUUGGCAUUGUUGGCUGGUUAUUCUACUGCUGAGCCACUAUACAGAUUGAUAAUGGGUAUUUCAGUUCUGAAUCUAGAUGGACAGACUGGUCUUGCUCCAUAUGAGAUUGUAUCCCUGAUAAUUGAAGCUCUUACAUGGUGCUCUCUGCUGGUGAUGACUGGAGUGGAAACUAAAGUCUACAUCCGUGAAUCUCGAUGGUUUGUCAGAUUUGCACUUGUUUAUUCUUUGGUAGGGGAUGCAGUGAUGCUCAAUCUCAUUUUCACAGUGAAGGAGUUCUACAAUAGCUCUGUUCUGUAUCAGUAUCUCAGUGAGGUCGUGGUUCAGGGUUUGUUUGGGAUGCUCUUGCUUGUAUACAUCCCUACUUUGGAUCCUUAUCCUAGUUACACACCAAUGAGGGUUGAAUCGGUUGAUGAUACUGAAUAUGAAGAACUUCCUGGAGGAGAGCAAAUAUGUCCUGAGCGGCAUGUCAAUAUAUUUUCCAAAAUAUUCUUUUCAUGGACGAGUCCCCUCAUGAAGUUAGGGUAUAAACGACCUAUUACAGAGAAGGAUGUCUGGAAGUUGGACACAUGGGAUAGGACAGAAACAUUGAAUGAAAAGUUUCAGAAAUGUUGGGCUAAAGAAAUGCGAAGGCCUAAACCAUGGCUUUUAAGAGCAUUGAAUAGUAGCCUUGGGGGAAGGUUUUGGUGGGGAGGUUUCUGGAAGAUUGGCAAUGAUCUCUCCCAGUUUGUGGGGCCACUUAUAUUGAAUCGCCUCUUACAGUCAAUGCAACAAGGUGAUCCAUCUUGGAUUGGUUACAUCUAUGCAUUCUCAAUUUUUGCUGGAGUGGCUCUUGGGGUGUUAUGUGAAGCUCAGUAUUUUCAGAAUGUCAUGCGUGUUGGUUUUCGGUUGAGAUCUACCUUGGUUGCUGCUGUAUUCAGAAAAUCUCUUAGGCUAACCCAUGAAAGUCGUAAGAAAUUCACAUCUGGAAAAAUAACCAACUUGAUGACAACUGAUGCUGAAGCACUGCAGCAAAUAUGCCAAUCACUUCACACUCUGUGGUCAGCUCCCUUUCGUAUUAUUUUUGCAAUGGUUCUCCUUUAUCAGCAGCUAGGUGUUGCUUCACUUCUUGGUGCAUUAAUGCUAGUUCUUUUGUUCCCUGUACAGACAUUGGUUAUAAGCAGAAUGCAGAAACUGUCAAAGGAGGGCUUGCAACGUACUGACAAGAGAAUUGGCCUCAUGAAUGAAAUAUUGGCUGCAAUGGACACUGUAAAAUGCUAUGCUUGGGAAAGCAGCUUCCAUUCUAAAGUUCAUAGUGUUCGUAAUGAUGAAUUAUCAUGGUUCCGCAAAGCAUCACUACUUGGAGCGUGUAAUGGAUUUAUACUAAACAGCAUUCCAGUUGUGGUGACUGUGGUUUCAUUUGCGAUGUUCACUUUUCUUGGGGGUGAUCUGACACCUGCAAGGGCAUUCACAUCUAUUUCACUCUUUGCUGUGCUUCGUUUCCCCCUGUUCAUGCUCCCUAAUAUUAUCACACAGGUUGUGAAUGCAAAUGUGUCACUAAAGCGCCUGGAGGAGCUUUUCUUAGCUGAGGAGAGAGUUCUUCUACCAAACCCUCCCCUCAAUCCUCAACAACCAGCCAUUGAAAUUAAAAAUGGUUAUUUUUCGUGGGAUUCAAAGGCAGAGAGGCCUACAUUGUCUGAUGUCAAUUUGGAUAUACCAGUUGGUGGCCUCAUUGCUGUAGUUGGUAGUACAGGAGAAGGAAAGACAUCGCUUAUCUCAGCAAUGCUUGGGGAACUUCCCUCUAUAUCUAAUGCAAGCGUUAUUAUUAGAGGAACUGUUGCUUAUGUUCCACAAGUUUCAUGGAUUUUCAAUGCAACUGUACGUGACAACAUUUUAUUUGGAUCUCCCUUUGAUUUGGGAAGAUAUGAGAAGGCAAUAGAUGUGACUGCACUGCAACAUGAUCUUGACUUAUUGCCUGGUGGUGAUCUUACAGAGAUCGGUGAAAGGGGAGUGAAUAUCAGUGGUGGGCAGAAGCAAAGGGUUUCUAUGGCUAGGGCUGUUUAUUCCAAUUCAGAUGUAUACAUUUUUGACGACCCCUUGAGUGCCCUGGAUGCACAUGUGGGGAGACUGGUUUUUGAUAAAUGCAUCAAGGGAGAACUGAGAGGGAAAACAAGAGUUCUUGUCACUAACCAGCUGCACUUUCUUUCACAAGUUGAUAGGAUUUUACUGGUUCAUGAUGGAAUGGUGAAAGAGGAGGGAACUUUUGAGGAACUUUCUAACAAUGGCAUACUGUUCCAAAAGCUCAUGGAAAAUGCUGGGAAAAUGGAAGAGUAUGAGGAAGAAAAGGAAGAAGGUGAUGCAGCUGAUAAUAAAGCCUCUAAACCACUUGCUAAUGGGGUAGGGAAUGAUUUGCCAAAAGAUGCAAGCAGUGCCAAUAAAACUAAGGGAGGGAAAUCUGUUCUCAUUAAGCAAGAGGAACGGGAAACAGGAGUUGUCAGUUGGAAAGUUCUAACGAGGUAUAAAAAUGCACUUGGUGGUUUUUGGGUGGUGAUGGGGCUUUUUGCAUGCUAUGUCUCAACUGAAGUUUUACGAGUUUCAAGUAGCACAUGGUUGAGUUCCUGGACAGAUCAAAGCUCUCCAAAGACACAUGGGCCUGGUUACUACAACUUGAUCUAUUCGCUUCUCUCAUUUGGUCAAGUUAUAGUGACAUUAGUAAAUUCAUAUUGGUUGAUCAUAUCAAGUCUCUAUGCUGCGAGAAGAUUGCAUGAUGCCAUACUUACUUCCAUACUUAGAGCUCCAAUGGUCUUUUUCCACACCAACCCACUUGGACGUAUUAUUAAUAGGUUUGCGAAGGAUCUAGGUGACAUUGAUCGGAAUGUUGCUCCUUUUGUCAAUAUGUUUCUUGGACAAGUGUCGCAGCUUCUUUCUACUUUUGUCUUGAUAGGAAUUGUGAGCACUAUGUCCUUGUGGGCCAUAAUGCCACUUUUGGCGCUGUUUUAUGCAGCCUAUUUAUAUUAUCAGAGCACAGCCCGUGAAGUAAAGCGCUUAGAUUCCAUAACGAGAUCACCUGUAUAUGCACAAUUUGGAGAGGCACUGAAUGGCUUGUCAACUAUCCUCCUUGGCAUUAUACCCCAGUCACCAGUUCUUUUCUCAGGAACUGUGAGAUUUAAUCUUGAUCCUUUCAAUGAACACAAUGAUGCUGAUCUUUGGGAGGCCUUGGAGAGGGCACAUUUGAAGGAUGCCAUCCGGAGAAAUUCUCUCGGUCUUGAUGCUGAGGUUUCAGAGGCAGGGGAGAAUUUUAGUGUGGGACAGAGGCAACUUUUAAGUCUUGCUCGUGCAUUGUUGCGGCGAUCAAAGAUCCUUGUUCUUGAUGAAGCAACUGCAGCAGUUGAUGUCAGAACUGAUGCUCUUAUUCAGAAAACCAUUCGGGAAGAGUUCAAAUCAUGUACCAUGCUAAUCAUUGCUCACCGUCUCAAUACCAUUAUUGACUGUGAUCGUAUACUGCUGCUUAAUUCUGGCCGGGUUCUGGAAUAUGAUACUCCAGAGGCAUUGCUGUCCAAAGAAGGAAGUGCUUUCUCCAAGAUGGUGCAGAGCACUGGAGCUGCCAAUGCUCAGUACUUACGUAGUUUAGUACUUGGUGGUGAGGGAGAGAACAAGUUGAGCAGAGAUGAGAAUAACCAAUUGGAGGGACAAAGAAGAUGGCUUGCUUCUUCUCGCUGGGCAGCCGCUGCCCAGUUUGCAAUUGCCGUCAGCCUCACUUCCUCACACAGUGACCUGACAAGGUUAGAAAUUGAAGAUGAGGACAGCAUCCUCAAGAAAACCAAGGAUGCCGUGAUAACUCUUCAGGGAGUCUUGGAAGGAAAACACAACAAAGCAAUCGAAGAGUCUCUGGAUCAAAACCAGAUUUCUAAAGAUGGAUGGUGGUCAGCACUUUACAGAAUGAUUGAAGGUCUUGCUGUGAUGAGCAGACUGGCUCGCAACAGGCUUCACAACUCGGAGUACGGUUUUGAAGACAGAUCAAUUGAUUGGGACCGGGCAGAAAUGUAGGAUGUAGUAUCUCACCAGUUUUUUUGCGUUUGUGUGUUAUCUGGGAUUUGUCUAAAUGUUUCAAUAUCGCAAAUGCUAAUCACGAAAACUUACUAAACUUUUUGUAGUUGUAUAACUCAAAUUACAAAGUUUUGGAUUUUCAAAUCGAUAGUUCAUAUAUUAAUCUAUGUACAAUCGUACAUGAAUCAGUAAAAGAGAAUCAAAACAGCAAAAACACAUUUGUAGGUUCUGGUUUUUUAAGAAAGAAUUACGUUUUCA